AUGCCUAGAGACGAUUUGUCCAUCGACUUCGUCAAGAGGAUGCCGCAGGCAGAGCCUCUCGACCCCGGCUUGAUCCUCGAUGACUGGAUCAACCGCGUCCAGAACCUCCCCGAGGAGAUUCGCUUCAUCCAGGAGGAGGUCGCAGACAAGGACCGCCAGUACAACGAAUGCAUCCGCAUGAUUGACGACCGUGAUGCAAAGAUCCAGAAAUGGAUCAAGACAAAUGGGAGCCAUGAGCCGAAUCCCAAGGAGGAUAUGCUGCGAGCCCAGAUUCGGGAGAGCUAUGCCCGCGCCGACCAGCUCUCACAAGACAAGAUCAACCUGAUGCAGAGGCUGCAGCUCGUCAUGGACAAGCAUGUGCGGAGCCUGGAUGUCCAGAUCAAGCUGCUCUACGACCGCGCCGAGCCAGGCUUCACAGACCCCGACGAGGUUCCUUCGCUCAUCCGGCCCAGCGCGGCAAAUCACAGUGCCCCCUCGGCCCGCACCUUGAAUUUAUCCAACAACAUCAACCCGGCUGGUGCUCAGGCGUCGCCUCGCAACCCCGUGGCCGGCUCCGCCAACCCGGCCCUGGUCCGGCUCCCCGCCCACCCUCAGAUCCGACAAUCCCAGGCCCAGCAACAUGUUGCACAAUACAACCAGCAUCCAUCCUCCGCACCAGCCACGCCUGCUGCAAGCAUCAUCCUGAACAGGCAACGAGAGAGCUCCGCGGGACCGGCAACCAAGAGAGGACCACGGUCCAUCACAGGGCCCGGAAACCUGCCCGCAACGUCGAGUGGUUUGGCGAGACAUUCGUCCCUUGGGCCGGGCAUUCCCAAGAGCGGCUCCAUUGGCUCCGGAGCCGGCAGUACUGUCCGGGCGGGCAGUGCUGGGCCGAGAGCCGGAUCGGUCAAGGGCGCGGCGGGUGUAGGGGGUCGCAGAGGCACGCCGACCAUGACCGGCCGGAAGAAGCCGCCCAACAGGUCGUCGCUUUCACGGGUGAAGAAGGCGUCCAACCGAAACUCGCCUGCGUCGACGGCUGAUAGUGACCUGUCGGACGCUGGUAGCGGCAGCGGCGAGGAAGACGACGGUCCAGAGUCGCGGCCGAGGGCCCCCAUGGCGGACCGCAAGGACGGCGACGGAGACGAGGUGCUUGGAGACGCCGAGGACGACGAAGAAGGCGGUGACGACAAACGGUACUGCCUAUGCCAUAACGUGAGCUAUGGAGACAUGGUGGCCUGCGACAACGACAAUUGCCCCUAUGAGUGGUUCCAUUGGUCCUGUGUUGGGCUCAAGAGCGAACCCAAUGGCACGUGGUACUGCCCCGAGUGUACCGAAAAGUUUCAACGAAAGGGAAAAUGA